GCCCCAACCACAGCUUCCCGGCACUAAUGCCUUUCUCCUCCGCCCACCUGAUGGGCCUGGGGUCCCGGGGAACUGGCCCUCGCCAGACCUCCCCUCCUGCCCCCAUACGUCCCGGGGGGGUGAUGAGUGGACCAAAGUGCCCAGAUGAGCAGGUGCCGCGUCUCCGCGGUGGCCAGCAUGGUCAUCACUGAAGAGGUUGCUUGGGACCAAACCGCUGGUGCCAGGGAACUCCCCGGGCCGGGCAUGACCGUGGGCCAGUGUGGCGCAACCGGGAGAGACUUGGGACUCACUGGGCUUUGAGUCCUGUGGUGUCAUGUUGACGCUGAUCAACUCAAAGUGACCAUGACGCACCGACCCCCGUCCAGAUUUCAAGUUUGGUAGCAAAAGUGAAAUUUAAAGGAGAAAGAACGCGUCUGCGUUGCUUUGAGUGUCGUUCCGGCUCAGGUCCUCCACCUGCCUACCAAGAAGACCUCGUCCAUCCGCUGGACGUUUCCGCACUGGGGCAUGUUGGGCUGCCGGUGGAGCUGAGCCGAUCCAUACCCGUCGACGACCUCCCUACCCCGCUCGAGUGAGCACGAGAUGCCGCGCAGUGGCUGCGGGGCGUCCCCUCCACCCAUCACCCGUAACGGCGGCCAGAGAAGUACGGAGGCGCCAGCCUGAGACUCUCUGCUGCCCGCCCUCCCGGCGUCUGGCCGCGCCCCAACAUACCCGGUAGCCCGUUUCCGUUGGCCGGCCCCCCAAGAAGGCCGGCGGAAGGUCGUCACUUUCGCUGCACAAAUGAACCCAGGGCGCUGCUCCCGCGCAGGACUCCCCACAUCACCCCGGGGCUGCCACCGUAAUUCUUGCGCUCCUUUGAGGUCUUGGCUCCGGCUUAAGCGCACGUUCUGAGCGCAAACCGUUGCUUUCCAACUGUCGGUCCACAUCCAUCUGUCUUUCCGGCCUGCUCUUCCAGCCGCUAGCCCUCUCUUCCCUACGGGUCCCCUCCCCUGCUCCCGCCGCGCGGUCCGAUCUUUGGAGGCUGUGUCAGGCUGGGCAGCCUUCGAACCGGUGAUGAAAAACGCGCCUUUGUGGCAGCCCUGCGCGCCUUGUGGCCUCCGUGCGCCCUUGUGGCCUCUCUGUGCGCCCCGGCCCCGAGGUCGCAGCACUGACCGGCGGGGCCGAGCCCUUCCGUGGCCCCACCUCUGGCGUCUCAAGCACUCAAGGAAUUGGAGCGGGCGGGGGGCGGGUGCUUCUCCGCAGGGGAGUGGGGACGAAGCUGGGCGGGUACGCGCGAUGCCUCGGAGCCUCUAACUCCGGAGGGCGCAUUUGGCUCGGGGGCGGGGUGGGCAGCGGGGGGCGCAUCGCCUUGGGGAAGGGAGGCGGGGCCCCAGUUUGUGGCGGGAGCCUCGGGCGGGUAAGACUUGCAAGGCGAGAGUGGGGGCGAAGCGCUACGGCGCGGGGAGGAGGCUCCCGUCCCGGACUCCGCGUUAGGCCGGAGUGGGGGGCGCGGCGCUGCCACUCCAGUGUUCAGCAGGGGGCGCUGCUCCGGGCGUUGGGCGGGGGUGGGGUGGGAGAGGAGGGGGGCCGCAACUUGCUGCGCACACUUCCCCCAUUAUUAAACACUAUGUUCAAAAGGCGCCGGGGGACUUCCCGGAGCCACGGAGCCCGCGCCGCCCGCCCGCCUGGCCCACGGAGCCCAUGGACCUGAGCGCGGCCGCCGCGCUGUGCCUCUGGCUGCUGAGCGCCUGCCGCCCCCGCGACGGGCUCGAAGCGGCCGCCGUGCUGCGAGCGGCGGGGGCAGGGCCGGUCGGGAGUCCGGGGGGCGACGGAGGCAGCGGCAGCGGCGGGCGGACCCUCGCCCCGGCUGCGGGCGUCUCCGCUGCCCCGGCCGCCGCGGCUCCCGGAGUCCGCGCCGCGCGCCGCGCCGCCGGCUCCGGCUUCAGGAACGGCUCGGUGGUGCCGCACCAGUUCAUGAUGUCGCUUUACCGGAACCUGGCCGGGAGGGCUCCGGCCGGGGCAGCCGCCGCCUCCACCUCGGGCUCUGGCCGCCACGGCCGCGCGGACACGAUCACCGGCUUCGCAGACCAGGCGAACCAAGACGAAUCCGCAGCCGAGACCGGCCAGAGCUUCCUGUUCGACGUGUCCAGCCUUCCCGACGCCGACGAGGUGGUGGGAGCCGAGCUGCGCGUGCUGCGCCGCGAGUCCCCGGAGCUGGACCCCGGCAGCGCGACUCCCCUGCCGCUGCUCCUGCUGUCUACUUGCCCCGGCGCCGCCCGAGCGCCCCGCCUGCUGCACUCGCGGGCCGCCGAGCCCCUGGCCGGAGCGCGCUGGGAGGUGUUCGACGUGGCGGACGCAGUUCGGCGCCACCGCCAGGAGCCGCACGCCACCCGCGCGUUCUGCCUCUUGCUGCGCUCAGUGGCCGGGCCCUCGCAGGGCCCGUUGGCACUGCGGUUGCUGGGCUUUGGCUCCCCGGGCAGGGACGGCGCGGCGGCCGAAGAGCGCGCUCUGCUCGUGGUUUCCUCCCGCACGCAGAGGAAGGGGAGCCUGUUCCGGGAGAUCCGCGCCCAGGCCCGCGCGCUCGGGGCCGCGCUGGCGGCGGAGCCGCCGCGGGACCCGGGACCCGGCUCCGGGUCGCCGACAGCGGUCAUCAGCGGUCGCAGGCGGCGGCGGACGGCGCUGGCCGGGGCGCGGGCGACGCAGGGCAGCGGCGGGGGCGGGGGCUCGGGCCGGGGCCACGGGCGAAGGGGCCGGACCCGCUGUAGCCGCAGGCCGCUGCACGUGGACUUCAAGGAGCUGGGCUGGGACGACUGGAUCAUCGCGCCGCUGGACUACGAGGCGUACCACUGCGAGGGCGUUUGCGACUUCCCGCUGCGCUCCCACCUAGAGCCCACCAACCACGCCAUCAUUCAGACGCUGCUCAACUCCAUGGCGCCGGACGCGGCGCCGGCCUCCUGCUGCGUGCCCGCGCGCCUCAGCCCCAUCAGCAUCCUCUAUAUCGACGCCGCCAACAACGUGGUCUACAAGCAGUACGAGGACAUGGUGGUGGAGGCGUGCGGCUGCAGGUAGCGUGAGGGCCCGGCCCGGCCAGGGAGGGGGCAGGCAGCCGCGCCACCGAGGACCCCCUGCUGAAGAGCAGCUGUGGGCCGGGGCCUGUCACUGAGCGUGGGUGCGCGUCCGCCUCUCGUCCCGCGCCCGCACGGAGGGAGAGCGCACGUUCACACUCACACCACCACUCACACCCACUCACUCGUUCACUCAUGCACACCUUUACCGUGGGCAGCGUCCGCCAGCCCUGGGAGCAGACGACCUGACGCUACCGAAUGACGCUUACCGAUGGGGAAUGACACAUCCCCAUUGUACCCGUCGUCCCCUUUUGGAGAGAGGAUGGUGUUUGUGGCAGUGUUAGCAGUCACAGGCGCUAAAUCGGGUAGGAACGGGUUAGGGAAUUGGGGGCUCCGGAAUGGGUGGACUAGUGGGGUACUGGAGUACGUUUUGUCUGACCCCUUUCUGUUUGUGGCUGAGUGUAGGGGAGCACCUGGCUGGGUGGCUGAGUGUUUGGUGUUACACCCUGGGACCAACUGAACAGCUGUAAUGUCCUUUCUGAAGGUGUGCAUGGCACGGAGGCCAUUUACUCUGGGAAGGAACCGCUGCAAAAGGCAUCUUUUUUCCUUAACUUAAAAAAGUCUAACAUGCCCUGUCAGUUUUGAAAGGGAACAUUUGUCCGAAAGAAUGCAUCGCGGGGAACUACCCAGAUCUGUGCAAAGGCCAGCACUACCCUUUUUAAAAAAAUCAGUUCCAAUUAGGAAUGAUCUAGAAUGUGG